AGAUUUUGACAAGAAAACACAGUCAGAUUUAAAUCUUCACGAUUGCUGCAAAGGAAGAGAGCAUUAAGUUUUCAGAAGGAGUUCUCAUUUGAAGAUAAAGAAGAAUUUGCAAACAGCACAAAGGAUAUUGAUGCUAAUCUCUUAGCAGUCCUUCCAAAAGUUUCAGAAUUGAGAAAACUGUUUGAACCAAACCACCAAGAUUUUUUGGAAAUGAAAAGAAAAGAGAGAAUAGCUAGACGCUUAGAGGGAAUUGAAAAUGAUACACAGCCUAUGCUUCUACAAAACUGCCCAGGAUCAGUCACACACCGUUUACUAGAGGAAGAUACACCAAGAUAUAUGCGUGCAACAGAUCCAUACAGUCCCCACUUAGGAAGAUCAAAUGAAGAGGAGGAAACUUCAGAUUCUUCUGUAGAAAAACAACCCAGAUCAUCCAGAUACCGAGCAGAAAUCACAGGAGGUAAUACAGAGCCCUUGUAUAGCACAGGAAACAUGGAUGUCCAGGAACUGGAGUCAAAAGCAGAAAGAAUAGCUAGGUACAAGGCAGAGAGGCGGCGCCAGCUGGCAGAAAAAUAUGGAUUAUCUCUUGAUUCUGAUUUGGAUUCUGACUACUCAUCCAGAUAUACACGGGCAAGGAAAGAUCCUGACAGCAUGGAAAGAAAGGGAGUGAAAAGUGAAAGGCAAGAUGAUGAAAACAAGGACUGUGGCUCCCUGUAUUUGUCCAGGACUGAGACAAAGGAGUCAAAGAGUGUGAUUUCUGAAUCCAAAGAGUACUCUAGCCAUGAAAAAGAUGGUGUUCCAGAUAAAGAAGACCUCUUAAAUGAAAAAAGUGAUAGAAAAGCAGAUGAGGACAGUGCCAUUAGACAGGCUUCUGACCCUUCAGCAACCUUGGAUAGUUCUGUCUCCCUUUCACUUUCUGGACGAGAAUCUUCCUCCUAUAACAAAGUGCCAAUAUCACCAAAGCAAACCCCCAGAGAGUCCCUUUCUUCACCAAAGCGGGCAGCCUCACCAAUCCAUUUGCAGAAUGACCAGCCCUUGCACAGUAACAUCAGACAAAG